UGGGAGGGAGAUGAGAAAGGAGGAAAAGGGUUUAAAGAGCAGACCUCCUUCACAGUUUAUGACUGCGUAAAGAGAGGCUGAGCUUUGUACGACUGACGAACACUAGUAAUAAAGAUCAGAUUUUCUCUCUGCCUCCGGCUUCAGAGCAGAUAUGACUUUCUUUACAAUUGUGGCACUCCUGGUUUUUCUGGCCAUUCCUGAUGGAACCAGUCUGAGCAAUGGAGGAGUGACUCCAAGAUGUCAGUGCAUCAACAAGGAGAGAAAGCCCAUCGGACGUCACAUAGGAAGCGUGGAGGUGAACCCUGCCAGCUCUCACUGCAAAGAAAUUGAGAUUAUUGCCACUCUUAAAAAAGAUGGGCAAAAGAUCUGUCUGGACCCUGAGGCCCCGUGGGUCAUAAAGUGCUUGGAAAGAAUCCAUAUGAUCACAGAUCAGGGAAAGAUAUGAAAGCUUGCAGGAGAAGCUUCCCAUCAACUCUCCAGGAAUGCAGCUGACACACACUUUGAAGAAUAACUGACUGGGACACGUUUUUCAUUUACACCGAAGCUUAAAGCGGACACAUUAAUAGAGCACAAAGAGCUUGUUUUGUACAGCGGGAAGGAUUCACGUGGCAGCAGUUGUAACUAUAAAUCGUCAACACGAGUUUGGACACAAACAAGGCUUUAUUCUGAAGAACAUCCCACUUUCAAAGAGCUAUUUUUGAAACUAAUGCAAAUACUUGUAUUUUCACUUUGUAUCUUUUUUUAUUUGUAUGAAGCAGUAAAUGUAAAGAAUUGAUUAAAAAACAAAUGUUGGAUAAAAAUAAUGAAUGAACAUUUUAAUAAAAUGUGUUCCUCAUCCUUUAAUGCUAAGGGGGAAAAGAGAAAUAUUGAAAAUGAAAGAUAUACUUGAAGGCUGUACGACUUUUUUGUAACUUCUUUGUUUGAACUUAUGUUACCUUUAACAUAAUGUUGAUGUUAUCUUUGCCAAGUUGGUUAUGUGUAGAAUCAUGUAAAAACGAACAUAUUUCAAUGGAGCUUGUAGGAAGGGUGCAGUGUGGGCCAGGGAACAAACCAUUCUUUUUUACAUGGUUUAACAUUGCAGGAUAUAGGGUGUUAGCCUCUAUGCACUUCUUAUAAUUAGACAUUUUGAAUGAACCCAUUUGAAAUCAUGCAUAUGCAAUACAAACACGUGUAUACCCACUGUAUGUUUAAUUCGAUAUUUUCUGUAAUAUUACACCUGACAUUUUCAGGGUAGACUCCCCUGAGGUCAGAGAACAUCUCUGUAUUUUGUCUCUUUUUUUAGAAUAAAGCAUUCGUACAAAAGGUUUGUCUGUAUGAGCUCAGCUGUGUCCCAGUGUGUUUUGGAUCAUAGAGACACAAACAUCAUGCGACUGUGUCUCAAUACAACUUUUAAAGAGAAUAACAUUCUAGACAAGGUUUCAUGGUUUGUGUCGUACAGAACAGUGUAUCCCUGCAGAGUCAGUUUGAAUUCUCAGUGGACAGACACUGCCACCUCUUGGAAAGAAAGGCACACAUCAUCAGGACUAGUGGUUCUAGUGGUUGUAAAUGUUCACCUUCAUUAUCUGCUGACAAUACUGAAACUAUAUUAUUUUAGUGUGGAACAAUCUCCCAGUAGAGCUAAGACUUGAGACAAUGCUAACUACUUUCAAAUCCAAGCUAAAG